AUGGCACUUCGGGGCCUCCCAACACCCUUGCCGGGACUUGCCAUAUCUUCGCUUCUGCUUGCACGACCAGCGAUCGCCCACGACCACCAUGGCGGAAGCGAGAUACCAGAGGGACAGACGGUCUCCGUCGAGCCAUUGGAUACGACUCUGUGGAUACAUAUCUUCGUCAACAUGUUUGCCUACGGCGUCAUCUUUCCGAUAGGCAUGAUCACGAAAUCCCGGUGGCAUGUUCCUACGCAGAUUGUGGGCUCCAUGCUCGCCCUCCUCGGGUUCUUCCUCGGUCACGCGCACGGCGGUCGCGAGUUUGUCGGCAACAAUGUUCACGGCCUGUUCGCACACAUUCUGCAGAUCCUGCUCAUUGCCCAGGUCGUGCUGGGCUUGUACCUCAAGGGCCACUGGGAGAAGGGCAUCAAUGGUUUCAUUCGGAAGCUGAUCAGACCUUGCCAUUCGAUUAUAGGAAAAGCGAUGCCUGUGUUGAGUUGGACACAGAUGAUUUUUGGUGGCAUCACUGCGCUUGGGUUCUGCCAGGGUGAGUACACAGGCCAAUGCGCGGCACACUUUAUCAUGGGUAGCGCCUUUAUUGCCUAUGGCAUUCUCUUGACUAUUAUUCUCCUCGUAGGACAGGUGUGGAUGCGACAAACGGGGCGCUCGCAAGAGUUCUACGACAGCGCCGUGAUCGCCGCGUGGGGGUGCGUCAAUACCUUUACGGAGCAUCACUGGGGCACCGCCUGGGUGCGCAACGACUGGCAGCACACGUCAAUGGGCAUUAUUUGGUGGUGCGCUGGCCUGGCUGGGAUAUGGAUGAGCCGUGACCGCGAUGGCAAUCCAAAGCGCAACUUUAUCCCCGGCCUCGUCAUCGCCAUUACGGGAUGGGCCAUGUCCUCCCACCCGCAGGAGCUGAUGGUCAGCGAGGCGACGCACAAAAUGUUUGGGCACACGCUCAUGGCCGCGGGAUUGACGCGCAUCAUUGAGGUGGCGUUCAUCCUUGGUGACAAGCAGAGUCUCACCGAGGAUGGCAGGACGUGGAACUCGUUCCAGUUCUUGCCCAUCUUCCUGCUCUACACCGCCGGUUUCCUUUUCAUGGGUGCCACGGAGGAGCAGAUGCUGCUUGUUGCCGGCUCUGAUAUGGACCACGUGGCCUACAUCUUAAUUCUCUUCUCGCUGGCAUCCUUGGUCUUCUUGUUCGCCAAUAUGUUGGUGCAUAUGUAUGACAGGCUGGCGAACCCCACGUCCUCCAAGGAGAUGAAUGGAUACACAGGCGUCAACGGGAGACCCAUGGAAGAGGGUCGCAUCAGGGAUGCCGAAGAAUUUGAGCUCGAGGGGCUGACCAGCGACGGGGAGGCGGAUGACGAGGGCAGAGGCAUGUUGAGGAGGAGCCAGGAGGGUCACAGGUCACAGAUACAGGGUGUGCCGUUGCGAUAA